CAUAGAUAAUAUACGAAUCUGUGAUUUGAUAUAUUCAUUAGUAGUCAUUUUCACGUAGAGAUGUGAAAUCACUAUUCAGUCGUGUUGGUCAUGUCGGUUAAUAUUUUUUUGGUUGCAAUAUAAAUUAAGUGCGUUAACAUGAUGCAAAAAAAAAAAAAAAUUCAUAUUCGAUAAAAAGCUUCGAAUUCUCAUAAAAUUAAGGAAAUAGUAUUUCUAUUUGUAAAAAUAUUAAACUAAAGUAGUAAAGUGCUAGUUAGUGAAAUAACUAUAGUCAUUUAUCUAGUUUAAUAUUGCAAAAACAUAUAUAGGUUUCGAAUGUUACGAACCGUCCUAUCCCGCACCACAGUUAACCAUAACAAAAAUCUCUAUGUAUAUGAUAUAUCUAUACUUUUAUAACUGUUAAAAUCACACCGCAAUUAAAACGUUUGUCCUGCACCGUUCAAACCGCAGUUACCAUUCGGAGCCAUAGUCACAUAUCUUAAUAAAAAUAAAAUAUGUAGCCAUUUAUCUAAUUGGAUAAAAAGCCCAAAACUUAUUUUUUUAACAACCUCCAAAACUUAAGAUUAUUUAGCUAAUUCACCUAUUAUCUAUUAAUAUGUAAAUAUUAAAAAUUAAAUUUAAUUACUUUUUUUUUCCGACAGAAGUACAACCCACGAAUCGUAACGUGCGCAUUGGUUUGGUCUCUUCGACACGACGCCGUCGCCGGUCGCCCCCGUUCGUGAGUUAAUAAUCGGCGGGUCAAUGCCUUGCAUCUUCUGAUUGCUACCGAUUGGAAGAUUCUUGCCGGAGAUUCAGUUUUCCCACUGUAAGAGUUUUGCUGGAUUCUAGAGGAAGAAAGGAUUGAUUUGCAUGUGACGUUAGGAACAGUUUGAGAAUACUAUUGCUUCAGGACAAGUGUGAACCGUUGUCUUCUUUUGAGGAGAUCUAACGAUGGGUGAUGAGAAGGUUUCAUUGCAAGGGUCAUGUGGUAAGGAGGAGAUUGUGGAAGAGCUUAGGAACUGUUUGCCUAAAUGGGUUACACAAGAACAAGUAACAGAUAUGGUUAGAGGGACGUGUAGGAACGUAGUUGAGAUAGUUGAUGAUUUCUAUGAACACGAGACUAUAUUCUACGAGCAAGUCCCUGCUGAUGUUUUAUCUCUCACUUCUAGAGAUGCGUUUAGUUCGGGUAACCACGAGGCACUUGUUUCGAAACUGGAGCUUCUAAACUGUGAAACCGAGGGAAAUGAAACUUGUCAGUCAUCGCAGUUUCACAAGCUCAAGAGCGUGGCUAGUUCACAGAAGAUCAGCCUUUCUCCUGUGAAAAGGAACAGAAAGAUCAAAGGUAAACCAAAGAAGAAAGGAAAAGCUGUUUCUAAGUUUGAAUCUGCAGGUCCAAAGCAAGCCUCGAUUACUAAGUUCUUCAACAAGGUUCCUUCAGAUGAUACCAAGGCUUAAGAAGCGGGUUUUCAGAACAUUUUGGAAGUAAUACUUACUGCAUCAAGAAUCUUGGAAGAUUUGCAGCGACCAAUGAAUGUUGGACUACAAUUGUUUAAUCUUCAUGGCAACGGUUUCCUCACGAUCUUGCUCUCUGGCACGUUUUUGAAUUUUAAGAAGCUAUAGUGUUUUGUCUACAUUAGCCUCUUUGAGGAAGCUAUAAUCAUAUCAAGGUUGUCAUUCAGUUGCAUAGUUAUCAGUUUUUGAGUUAAAUGUAGAUUCCAAAGAGCAUUACGAUUAUGAUUUGAACGUUAUCUGGUUCCUGCUUUCCA